AUGCUGCUAGAGGAUGAUUACGAGGCGACGAGCGCGAUUUCGAACGGCACCGAUGAGGAGAUUUGCGGGUAUUUUGAGGGCUACUCGACGCAACGAUUCAUUAUUAUCACACUUUGCUCGGUGUGCUCAUUAUUCGGAUUCCUCGCCAAUAUUCUUCUGAUGGCGGUUUUUCGGAGAACGCUGCCCUCGUCAAUUUUCCUCGCUGCACUCGCUUUAUGCGAUGCCCUAAUUUGUUUAACGUACUUGUUGUUGUUCGGCGUCGACGCUGGAAUUGUGUACCUCAAAAACCGGGCUCUUUUCUUCUUGUACCAUCAAUAUAUAGUGCCAGUGUUUUUCACGGCAAAAGUCGUCCAAUUCGCAAUCCCUUUCAUUUUGAUGCUUAUAACCUUUGAACGCUAUUUAUGGACAUGUACUGAAUCGAAACGGCAAAUUUUCUCAGCACUUUUCAAUGAAAGUGGCAGGAAUGUGACGGUCAUUUUCCUAUUUGCCGUUUCAUUGGCUUUACGGGUUCCUGUACUUUUUGCGACAAAGGUUCAAUCGUUCCCAUUAUGCGAAGACUACUUUCGAAGCGAAUCAGUGGUGCCAACCGAAUGGGCCAUCAACAGCGAAGCGUAUCACGUUUUCGAUUUCCACGUCAUCACCGCAAUUCAAAUGUUUUUCCCAUUCUUCGUCCUUCUCAUCCUCAAUCUCACCAUCAUCAAGCGAUUAAUAGCGGAAAAACGGGAAAAUAUGUAUCCUGUGUUUCGCGGCACAUCCGCUGGGGAAAUGAAAAAAGUGGCGUUUGUCCAAGGCAAUAUGCCCGAGAAUUAUGUGCUUCUUCAAGUCGCUGCUGAUGUCAUCAAAGGAUCGCUGAUUCAUAGCGACACCGAGGCCGAUCCCGCUGGUGUCGUCGAGACGAUCGAUGAGCAAACGAAGCAUAGGGCCUCAAUUUUCCACAGUUUUGUUUUGGCGUUCAAGCAAUCGUCACGAACAAAACGCUCGCAACUUCGCAACGCGAUCUACACGAUGCUCGCCAUCGUCACCUCGUACCUCGUCUGCAACAGCGUCCAUCUGUUCUUGACGAUUCUUGAGAGAUUCGAUCCGUCGUAUCUCUACGAAUCCGACGAUCGCAGUCAAUCGUCGACAUUUUACAUUGUUCUUUCCGAUACUGUUUCGAUCUGCUACAUGGUCUCAUCGGCGAUUCGAAUAUGCAUCUACGCCAAAUGCAAUCCCAAGUUGCGCAAGGAGAUCGCCGAUUACAUUCAUCGACGAAGCGAUGAAAGCCAACCGAACAGCGCCUAG